AUGACAUCUACGAAUUCGUCGACGUCUACCACCUCCACUGACGGGGCCUCCAGCAGCAUGACCACAUGGUACACCUUGGCGUGCAUUGGACUGUGCAGCCUAGUCGUGCUAUUGUACGGCGUGCUUCGAUACAUCAACCGAACUCAAGCCCGGGAAGCAAAGCAAGACAAGGAAGACCAGGCGCUGUAUGACGUUGAAGCCACUAGCAAGGCCCAAAUGACGACGACACAGCCCCUGCCAGAUGUACCACCGCCUCCUCCUCGUCCUCCUCGUCGUAGCCAGCACCACAAGCCCAACGUGGACGGUCACGAAUAUGCGACUCGGUCAAUGUUCCACACGGUCGGUCGCAUUUCGUUGAUGGACCAUGACGUGGCACCACACCAGCAGCCCCCCCUUCCAGGAAUGCUGAAGUCGGAGGUGACGCAUCGAGACAGCGCGAGCAUAUUUAUCAUGGAAGACUCAGGCGACAUAUGGGACGUCGAUGGCGACGACGACGUGGACCCACGUGCCUACAAUGGACGAGGAACCGCUGACACUUCCAAAAGUACCUGCACGUUCUGA